AUGACGCGAGGCAUAGACAGAUAUUCUUCCAAUAGUCUGCACUCAUCUUUCUUUUCUAUUUUUUCUUUUGCGGAAUUGAGAGAUGAGAAUUAUGUAAACAAUGGUCUUUUUGCUGCGCAGACAACAAUUCAUUCGUCCACUUGCGCCUACACGCUUGUCAUUAACCAGCGAAAUAUUUCUCAAUGCCCGAUUGUUGUUUCAAGCAACCAAUAUGGCGCAGAGACUCCACACGUUUCCCAAAGACACGGACGACACUACAAACCUUAUCAACGAAAGGUAGUCGAUGACAACACUUUACAUGAUAACCAGGAUGAUUUAACAGAUAGUGGCGAUAAUUUCUUCCCUCGGGACUUACCUGUAUCCCCUUCACUGCAUUUUUCAGGAGAAUCUCGCAUUUGUCAGAGACGGGUGGCUUCCUUAGUAUAUCGUUUGGAGCAUCUGCAGCAGAUUCAACGAACGGAACGACUAAGAGCCGAACGGUAUGCCAACAGUGUCAAAGGUCACCAUUCACAGUUGAAUAACAUAGACACGAGUUUUGGGAAGCUGGAGAGUAAUGUCUCAUCUUUGAUUAAGGCUGUCCAUUCGAUCGAGCAGAAAUUGUUUCGACUUAAGAAAAUAAAUAACAAUCUUGAACAUAAAAUGGCGUCGGUGGUUCUUGAUAUGGACGAAGUGAAUACGCACAUUGGCCGUAGAGAUCUGAAAGCCACUUCAGAUUUUUACGACGUCAACAAGAAAAAAGACACCCCUGAACACUCAACGCCCUGCUCCAAAGUUACCCGUGGACUUUACAAGUAUGAAGAUUGUGGCGCCUUAAGAAAAGCCGGUUUUACCAAGAGUGGCGAGUAUUUCAUCCAACCUUCAGCACUUUCUUGUUCUGCAAAAGUUUGGUGCGAUAUGGAAACUGAGGGCGGUGGAUGGAUAACAUUUCAGAGACGCAUGGAUGGCACGGAGAACUUCUUUCGUAACUGGACUGAUUACCGAGACGGAUUCGGAGUUAUCUCCCGAGAAUUUUGGUUGGGUAACAAUAAUCUUUUCUUGCUAACCAAUCAGAAGCAGUAUGAACUUCGCGUUGACCUGUGGGAUUUCAAUCACAGAUACGCCUACGCCAAAUAUAGGCAUUUCAAAGUGGACGGUGAGAGAGACCUUUUCCGGAUCCACGUAUCAACUUAUUCGGGUACGGCGAGAAACGGACUUUAUUUGCAUAAUUUUGCUUUAUUUAGUACGAUUGAUCGUGAUAAUGACAAGCACACAUAUGUGAACUGUGCUGAGAAAUGGGAUGGGGGUUGGUGGUUCACCAGUUGUGGGUCAACGUAUCUGAACGGACGAUACCAUCGUAAAUCGAAUGUGCGACAACGCGGCAUCAUGUGGAAUAGCUGGAAAUACGAACAGCUGAAGCACAGUGAAAUGAAAAUUCGCCCCGUUAGGUUUUAA